UGACCACUUGAUCGCUCACCAAAAAUCUGUGGCGCGCGUAUUUGGAGUGGAACCCACCUUCUCUCCUGCCUCUCUCUCUCUCUCUCUCUCUCUCUCUCUCUCUUCCUUCGCACAUUCGCAAUCGCCCUUUGGAGCUGGUGACCAGGUUAACACCGUCUUCCUACUACUCUCGGAUGAAGGUUUGGAACUUUGGACUGCUGGUGGGUCUUGUUCUGUUUUGUGGUUGCUGACUUAAUUGAGCCAAAAGGGUUCAGGGAUGCUAGGAAAAUCUUUAGCUUCUCCAUUGCUAACUCAUGAUUGUGCAACACGCUUUUGCUUUUCCACUCCUGAUGUUAUAAAUGCUGCACCAAAUAUCAGAUUGCCAAAUGUUUCACAAAAUCUGAACAGUCGGGCAUACUCACCAAGUUUCUCUCCCAAAAAAUGGGUGUUACAUUCAACUGCAGAAAUUGAAAAUACAGCUUUGACUGAUGAAGAGAGGAAGACAUGGGAAGCAUGCCAGGAAGCUAUAUCUGCAUUUAGUAUCACUAUUGAAGAGGGAGACAAGAUACUUGGAAAAGCAUUUGGCUUGGUUCAUUCACCUUACUGGGGUGAAAUACGGAAAAAGGAGGUACCAACUAUUGAGAUUGUAAAAGAAAAACUGGACUACCUUCGGAGCUUAAGCCUCUCUGACGAUGACCUAUGUAAGUUGCUCAAAAAAUUUCCGGAGGUUCUUGGAUGUAAUCUUGAAAAUGAGUUGAAAACCAAUGUGCAGGUCUUGGAGAAGGAAUGGGGUAUAAAAGGGAAAUCUCUGCGUAACCUCCUCCUUCGAAAUCCAAGAGUAUUGGGUUACAAUGUUGAUUGCAAGGGAGAUUGUAUGGCACAAUGCACACGAUGCUGGGUCCGGUUUUAGAAUUUAAUUUUUGACUACUCACUGUAAAUCUAUUUCACCGGAGCACAAUAUGUCUGUGAGGAUAAAUUCAUUGGGUCUACAUUAUUUCAAAUGUCCCUAAAUCCCUAGUGAAUCUUCUUAUAGGCUGAA